ACUGUGAUUGCCCCCUCGCCCCCUCCGCUUUUUCCCCCUCUCCCCACCCCUCAUUUCCCCUGCUGCUCUCCCUCCCUCCCCUCCCCUCCCCUCCCCUCCCCUUCCCUCACCCCCCUCGUCCGCCCCUCUCCCUUCCUGUGGGGUCACACCAGUUCAAGGUGACGCCAGGAGAUGCCAUCUACGUGGAGAAGCUCAACUUCGCCCAUGUCAACGACGUGAUUCAUUUGGAGAAGGUGCUGUUGAUCGGCUCUCCUUCCGAAUCUCUUAUCGGUCGGCCCACUCUCCCAGGCGCGUUUGUUUCAGCCCUUGUGGAAGAGCAUGCUCUUGACGCCAAGGUGAUAGUGUUCAAGAAGAAGAGGAGAAAGAACUACCGCCGCACCAAUGGUCACCGACAGGAAUUGACUCGGCUUCGGAUUCUUGGAAUAGCUGGCAUGGAUGCUGCGGAAGAGAGGGCAAUUGAAGCAGUAGCAUGA